AGGAGGACUGGCUAGAGAGCACAUUUCAUUUAGCCAGCCAGAAGGCUCUGCUAGCGGGGAGUCAUCAGCUGAGCCUGAGAUGCGUCAGCCCACCGAUGUUGCCGAGUCACAGCUGAGUUCACAGAGUCGGAGUGAGCCGAUUGCUACCAUCACUGGGAACAUCUGCACUGAACGGGACCGUCCCUCUCAGAACUGCCAGGAGCAGCAUAGAGCAGCAAUUUUACCUCUCCUCACUCACCCUCGACGGAGCUCCAGCAAUACAAACGGAGGGGUAAGGGCUGAUCUCAAACUGAAUUUGAUUGCAGAGGAAGCCCUGUCUUUGGGACAUGCUUGUGAGGAGUCAUCCAUCCCAGAUACAGAGAGAAACUACCGCCAAGUCUUCCUGCCUUUAAUCUCACCUCUGCAUCUGACUACUUCACAACAACUCCCAGUCGAGCGGCAAGCGAGCAGCAGUCAACAGGUCCGACCUGAGAGGAGCACAACAAAAACCAGGACAGCCGAAAGUGCAGCUGAGUUCCAAGACCAGAGCAAAAGAGGUGCUAUGUCUGUUGUGGGUGUGUACGCAUAUAGUAGCAGUAAAGGCAACAGUAGAGGCAACAACAGAGUUCACUUCGCUGACACUGUGAAACAAGAAGGCAGUUCCUCUGUGGUUCUCAGGGACAUGACGGUGUCGGCUAUGGACUGUGCCUCUUUGCCUCCGCUGACUGUACAUGAGAGCUUGCACUAUCCCGUGGUUGAGGCCAGCUACACUUUCCCAGACUUUCUCGGCUUGAAGAAGCCAGAAAUCCCCACAAAUGUAGCUCGCACAACAGAUGAACUAGUAAUACAGAGCUCAGACGACUUUCCAAAGCCACAGAAAGAUGUCCAUUUGGAUGAAGGAGGUACAGGGACUAAAGAUACCAAAGAGAAGAUUAACAUCGAUCCGUCAGGUAACGAUAACUUGAAGGCAAACACGGUGAAUUUACAGUCAGCGGGCGAGACCUGCUCAGGGCCCCCGUGUGCUACCGAGAAGAAUCACAUUGGUGACCUUUCACAAACCGCAGGAAGUGCCACCUCUGAGGGUGAUUGUUCAGCAAAGGUGACAAAGCACUCGGAAACGGAGAAGGGUGCUGUACAUCUGGGUUUGUCGACUGAGAAAGAGAUGGAUAAGUUAAAUGAUGAGCCUCAGGAGUCACCUUUAAUUAGUGAUGAAGGUAACCAACAUCCCUUCUCCUCAUGUUCUGUGCAUCCAGCUGACGAUGGUACCUGCAAGCCUUUAAGUGAUGUCUCCGCUGAGUUACCUGGUGGGCAGCUCUCUUCAGACCUUGAGUCCUGUUUAAAAACUGAAACCGUGACUAUGAUCUGCACAGCCUUUUUUCAAAAAAAGCCUUGUGACCCCAGUUAUCAGCCUCCCACCCAAUUGGAUCAAACAACUCCUCGCGAACUGGCUAGCACAGAUGCUGUGAAGCCCACAAUUCACUCUGCCGAUCUGACAAAGGAUGAAUCAGCGACUUCAGAAGUGACAUCCUCUGCCCAGUCAAUUCCUGUUAUCGAGCAAUGUUCCAGUAACUCUUCUUUAGUGCUGCUGCCUCCUGGACCAAUGUUGAGUCACUUGGAGUUCAUCACAGACUGUGAUAUCUCUCUUCCUGAGCACACAGAUAAAUGCGGCGCUGAUGGUGACAGCACCCAUGUCGAGAGCUGGGAAAUGACACAAAUGUCUUUAGCACAGGAUCUGGAGCACAGUGUUUUCAUCGUUAAAGUAGAUGAGACUAGUUCUAAACUGGAGGAUGGAAAUUAUAUUAUGGAAUCUGCCGCUAAACCUGAGAAUUCUGCAAUUAACAAUGUAAAUAUUUCCUUUCCACAAGAGGAAACUCUGUAUCCUCCUCCUCAGCCACCCAGUACAGUGGAUGUACUGGCAAAAGGUCAGUCAGAUAAUGUCAUUCCUCUCUCUCACAAUGGCAUCAAACGUGGUAUUUGUGAAGCUUCUAUUAAGGAUGAUCUUGUUAAUGUCAGCUGCCUACACAGCUCUGACCUGCCGACCAAAGAGGCUUAUGAUGACGUUAAUCAACCCGAUAUGAACAAGAAACUGGGAGAUCAGACCUCUGUGCUGUUUGCAGAGGAAAAGAAGAAAGUUGAGGAGGUGACAGUGGAUAAUCAAAAGGAAAUGGCAGACAGCAGCAAGCUGCAGACAGGAAAGACAGGCAAAACAGCACAACAGUGUAAUGGGCCAGAUAAGGAGGCUGUAGAGGAAAUUGAAGACCUGCAGCCACGACAUGAACAUCAAAUUCAAAAGACUGAAUCAACAGUAAUGGAUAUUAAAGAGGAAGGAGAAAGUAAGAGUGGGAUUGCAUCUAAAAGCCAGACAGAAACGUCUUCCUUAUCUCCCGCGAAACCUGCAGGGUCACUCGAGCAUGGGCAAAAGACUAAGGUAGAGUCUCACACUGUUUACGAUCUAAGUUUGUGCCGAACUCCGAUGGCAACACUGGAAUGCAGCUCCGACAGGGACACAGCACCAGCUCUUGGCCAAUCACAGUCCACACCAGAGCCAAACUGUUUUGCUCAGCAACAGGAGCAACAGCAGUGGCGCCUGGGAUCCAGACAUCCCACAGAGGAAUUAUCAGGUAGCUCUCUAGAGUGGGAAGAAAAGACUAACAGUCAGGCCAGGCAGAUCCAAGCACUGGUUGUAGGGGUAAAAGGGGUGGUAGAGGGAGGAGACAGCUCUGUUUGCAGUUUGUAUCAGUCAGGAAACAAGGGUGAGUUGACAUGUGAUGACAGCAGUGGCGAUGAACGAGCAAUAGGUUUAGAGAAAGGCAAGGCAGAGGGAGCUCAGUCUGCAGCAGUGUUUGACAGGGUAUAUGAGCCAUCUCAAAUUGCCAGUGAUUUUAAUGAGAGUGGAAAGGCGGCUGAGAAAAAAGCCUCGGCUGACAUUGUGAGAGUUACAGCUUGCUCUCAUGUAGGUGAGAUAAGCCCCACGUUCGAGGUAGUUGGGUUAGAUACAGACACUAAGUUUGCGAGUGAUCUGGUUUGUAAAGGUCAGCAACAAGGCAAUCUAUCAGCUGCCUGUCGAGACCAACCAGAAACCUCAAAGAACACUGCUGUAUCUGUUGAGUCAGCAUCACAGGAACCUGAGACAUCGCCUAUCCAAAUGUGUGUUUCAUCAAAGUUUAGCACAGACAAUCAUGGCAUUCAUACAGCAGUUAUUCCAGGUGAUAACCAGGCUGUUCCUACAAACACAUUCAGUACUCUGGUUGGGCAAGCAGGAUCUGUGGAAAAGGAUGUCAGUGCUGCCACGGCUGUGAAUAGAAACAGUGGGGAAACUGAGGAGUGUGAAAUUCAGGAUACGGUGUGCGAACCUCUCGAGCUACAAAGCUCCAAUAAAACGUCAGCCACAGAAAGCAGCCCAGCAGUACAAACACCCAUAAAAGGCCCUGAUGUAGAGGAGAUCACAAAGGAAGAUAAAGCUGCUUUGGACAAAGAGAAGGCUAGCAGCCAAGGAAAGGGACAAAUUGAGAUAAAAGCGACGAACAAUGAAGCAGUGACAAAGCAGGAGGUCAUAAAUCAAACUGGGAGUGCUAAAGACGGGGGCUCAUUUGAUCUUUUUAAGGCAUCAGAAAAUGACAAUUUCCACUGUGAAGGAAGAUCAGUUGGAAAAUCUCCAGUUGAACAAGUGUCAGUGAACACAGAGGCUGCCGAUGUGUCAGAGAGUCCUGCUCCUGGACUAACGGCCGGAAAACCAGAAACAAGCUGGUUACAAGAUCUAAAAGAAGCUGCGUACCUUUCUAAACAAGAGACCUCAAGACCCCUCCCAUCUCUGGAGUCUCCUCAAGGGUUUCUUACUCCGACUGAAGAAAUAGCUUCCCCUCUGAGACAAGAGGACCUCCGACCGCCAGAUAGAGCACCAGAGAAGACAACAGAGAUACCACCUCUAAAUCUUGUGAAGAAGCCAGUAGAUCUUCCUGAACCUUUAAAGACGCCAGCAGAGCUCCCAGAACCACCACAGCAGACAGUAGAGUUCUCAGAAGAAGCAUAUAAAGUAGAGCUUCCAGAACCACAACUGCAGACAGCUGUCCUAGCUGUCAGUCCUGCUCUG